GACUGCAUAUCCAGAUAGAAAACAAAAUUUCUCUGUAAACAGAUGAAAUAAUUAUCGCCUGAAGUCCAUAAAUGAAUUUAAGAUGGGGAAAAAACUUUUCAUGGCUCAAAAGCGAGGCGAGACACGAGCAGUAUGCUUGGGCAUUGGAAUGAUUACAUGUUCUGUAAUGAUGUUUUUUCUAUUGGGAGUCACCAUUCUACCCAAGUAUAUAAAAAGCGUGUGGACUGCUGAGUCUACGUGUACCCUUGCACAAGCAACUUUCAAAGACAAAACAAACUGUGUCCAUAACAGCAAUGCAAAACCUGAAAGUAUAUUAAAAUACCCCUGCCUGGAGGUAUUGGUAAAUCUCAAUUUUUCAGAAGACAAUUUUAUGCUCUAUCAUACUGAAGAAUCUCCAGAAUGGAAUAACAAGUGUUUCUACAUACCUGAAUGUAAGGAAAACUACACAGAAAUCAAAAUGCAGAUACAAAAAAUUGAAAGAGAAUUUAACAAAUCAUCUUCAUUUGUUUGCUAUUUUGAUCCUAAAGGAAGACAUAAGAGUAUUAUUUUAAUAAGAAAAUUUGGACCCCAUAAGAUGAUUUCAUACUUUUUUUGGCCAACAUCAAUGUUUACUGUUGGACUUUGUGUGGUUAUCAUUGUUAAAAUAAGCCAAUAUCUUGCCAUGAUUUCUUUGCAAGCAAACAAAGCACUUGAAAUUGGCAAACCGUGAUACAACUACACCAGUCACAGUUAGAACACAUUCAUUUUUGUAUCUAAAAUAUAUUCUGUUUCAUUAGAUACAAGCACAAUUUUAUAUUAGGAAGA